AAUCUUCAGAAGCAGAUGGCGCUGGUGGAUAAGAAUGCGUCUGUUCCUUACGCAGUUUUCCGAGACUUUUACAUCCCAGUACAUAUUCCUUUCUUGGAGGAAGCAGUUGACUAUAAUCCAAAAACAGGAGAUAUAUUUAUAGUAUCCUAUCCCAAGAGUGGUACCACAUGGAUGCAACACAUAGUUUAUCUCCUUCAUAAUGGAGGAAAACCAGCUAAAGAUUAUGAAAAGAUUUUAUCUGCGAUACCUUUUCUGGAGCAGGAUGGCUUUCCAAAUGAUGACAGACACUACAUCGCUCUUAAGUACCAUCUACCCUUUCGAUUAAUGCCUUAUUCAAAUAAAGCAAAGUACAUAUAUGUGGCCAGAAAUCCUAAAGAUGUUUGUGUUUCCUUUUACCACUUCUUGAAAUCUUUACCAAGGUAUCAUAUCAAGAGUUUUGAUGAAUUUUUCGAGACUUUUCUCUUGGGUCAAAUACCGUAUGGGCACAUCAUCGACCAUAUUCAGGAAUGGUAUGAGAAAAGGAAUCUGCCCAAUGUUUUCUUCACCACUUACGAAUCACUGUCAAAUGAAACAGAAGAAACAAUCUUAGAUGUAGCAGAGUUUUUAGGUUUCCAUGAACUUCCUGAAAACAUAAUUCAAGAUGUUGUGAAACACUCAAGCUUCAAAUUUAUGAAAAAUCUUAUAGAAGGAGAUUUUAUGAAACAAUAUCUGCGUAGCAGCACGGGUUACAACGAGAACAGAUGUUUGUCUAGUGAUGUCGAACCGAGAAUGAUGCGAAAAGGUAUAAUUGGUGACUGGAAGAAUUAUUUUUCAGAAGAACAGAGUAAACGAAUGGAUGAAUGCAUUCAGACAAGAGGUGCGAGUCUAAUAAAAAUCUGGGAAAAUUAAAUAAGUUGACGUUCCAAAUAAUAAUAAUCAAAAUUAUAAUUGUAACCACAAAUCUCUUAAAAAUCUCAAAAAUUUAUAAAAUUGGUAAUUAAUGAAAAGUCUGCAUUCCAUUGUUGACAUACUGAUAAUAAAGGUAAAAUAUACGAAGAAACAUAUUCAAAAUACUUAUGCAAAAAAAUCAGCAUAAUAUCCCAGCUCCCUAUCAUAACAAAAUUCCCCCAUUAAUCCACAUACCUUGGGACUAUGUGUUGGGUGGAUUAUAAGCCAAGUCUUUCUGAGUUUAGUUUAUAUUUUUACCUCUUUAAUUUUUACAUUAAAAAUUGAUUGUUAGCACCAAAAUAGGUAGUAAAAUCAUACUUUUGGAAUUAUUUAAUCAGAAUUUAUUUAUACAAAAUUAUUAUAUUUUUGAAUACAUUUAUAUACAAAAAUUUGGGAUGGGGAAUUUUUCGAAACCCAUCGAAAUAUUUUAUGUAAAAGAAAAACUGUAUAUCCAUUUACAGAAUUACUGCUUGGGAGAAAAAAAAAAUCACUCUCUUAAAAUUAAGCAAAUGCAUGAAUACACCGUUUACAAUAAUCCCAGCGUUAUGGUUUUCCUUAAAUCAAAUCCUACUCCAAAUCUCCCAUUAUGUUUGGCAUAUUGUUGGAUUAAUAUCAUCACAAGCAGCUUACAAGUACUAGAAGUGAAACUCUCCGAUUUAUAAAAACCAAAUUUAUGCCUUUUUAUACAGCUGUUUCCAUGUUUUUGUUUUCUUUAAGCCACAUUAAUUUUUGCAAGGGCUAUUUUUAAGAAUCUAUCCUUAUUGCCAGGUGAUGUAAAUAAUUUUGCAUUCGUUGCUCGAAAUGUCAGCAAGUGUGGUGUUUUGCUUGAACGAUUAACAUAAUAUAAGAAUUAAAAGUAGCAAAACAUAUCCGACUUUUGUGUCUUUUAUACCUGCAAUACUCUUUUUCACAAGGCACUCCAUGAAGCUGAGAUGUCUCAAUUUUCAGAUACCGAUCUAUUUACCAGUCUCAUCCUAAUAGUAAAUACUAACCACUUCUCAAGCAAAUUCAGGAAAAGUGAAAUUGAAGGAAAAAAUAAUUCUUCGAAGUUAAGAAAAAUUUUUCCUCAGAGCAUAGUAGCUUCAGAUAUGCAAUUUUGAGUUACUGCCACACAGGAUUCAAAUGAACUGGCAAAACUAAUCAAGAAAGUUGAUCCUGAAAAAUGCUGGAAAUCCUCGAACCCUCAAAAAGCACCAAUGAGUAAGAAAGAAGCAGGCAAAUAAAAUUUAUAACUUCAGCAACAGCAGAAUUUCCAAUUAAACUAAAUGAAGAAGGGAAAUGGGUUAAAAAACAGAGCUAAUAUAAGAAUUUAAGAAACUGAUAAUGAAACUCACUCGGACUUAACAGAUAUACUCUCUCUUGCCCUCAGAAUUAUGAGAGGAAAAUUAGCAGAGGAAACUUGCAGAAGAAAAACAAAUCCCACCAAUUAGAAUUAUACGUAAGUUAAGAAGCAGAAGUAAAAAUAGGAUCGAUCUUUGUAUACACUAAAAUGAUGAGCAGGCUGCAAAUAACUAACAAAAUUCCUGCAACAAACUGAAGUAAAGUUUCACGCAUAACAACUAAAUAAUAAAACGAUGGUGAAGGCUGUUCUAAAACAUUCCUCAAACACGGUACCGGAAGAUGAUAUCAAAGCUGACUUCAAAAGAAAAAAAAAUUCCCUACAAUUAAACUGAGACAAUUUACUAAAUCCAAAGCAAAUAAUUCUGAAAAACUGCCUAUAUAAUUUUGGAAACUGUAGCAAAAUACUGAAAACAAAGCAAUCUUUAAUGCAAAUAAUACGUUCAGUGUGCACGUCAUGAUGGAAAACUUUGAAUCAAAGAAAUGGCCGGCGCAGCGCUUUAAUUGCUUAAGGUUCGGGUUUACUCAGCUUGUCUAAAGAAACAAAACGUAGCAAAGGUAGAUUAAACACGGGAGCAAUGAAUGCCUAUUAAAACUUGAAGAAAAUUCAAAGUAUAUUUUCUGUGAAGUAUCACAUGUCAACUAUCAGCCUGUGGAGUCUACAAAAAGAAAUCUGGAAAUUGAGGAAUGUAAUACCCAUUCGUAAACCAGCCAAAAUUAGCUUUAAAAUAUAAAGAUUUCUCUAUCUUACUCAGAAGUGAAAAAUCAGAAAUAAAACCUACGGGGAAAAAAUACAAGGAAAAAAAGAAAUAAAUAAAUAAAAAUAAAAAAUAAUAAUAAUAAUAAAAAAAGGAUUUUUGGGGCUAGAGACUUAUUUGGGAUAUAACGCAUUCUGAAUCUUUCUAAUGUAAACAGACAAAUUACGCAGUGCAUUUCACUUGAAAUUCAAUGUCUGAAAAGACACAAAUAAAUAAAUGUUAACGACAUAAACUCAAAAUUAAUAUUAAAAGGCAAUGUAUAACUUAAUAGUGAAAAAAAAAGUUUCUUUAAUGUUAGAAAUAUAACACAAAAAGUAUUUUCUUUGGCUAUAUUUAUAGCAUUAUUUUGAUUGUUAGAAAGAUUUUUGGUACUUUUCCGUUUUGCCGGCGCAAACGAGUCGCCAGCAAUGGUACAACUGAUGCCAAACAGAAUAUCUUCCGCUGGUAAACUUUUACGCCUCAUUUUCAAAACAAUUCGCAGC